GAUGAGCACGGAAUGCGGAACCUUCGGGCAGUGGGCACUCGCUACAUGGGAGGAAAGAAACAAUGCCGUUGAAACACAAGAAAUUGAACCUAGGGGCGUCAGGACUCAGGAAGAAAGCGCAAGAACAGAGAAAGCGAAAAGAACAAGAUCAAGAUUUUUUGUUGAAGAAUCAAUUACCAAAGUCUGUACCUUAACUCUGUUUCUAUAUCGAGUAGCUUCAAGCUUCAUGAGAGGUAAGAGAGGAACAGCAUCGGCAACUCUCUUUCCUCGUCAGCCAACCAAGAUCCUUUUCGACUAAGGUUCACUUAGCCACUGUAAAAAGAAAAAAAGAAGGGUGUUUGAUACCGAUCAUCUUGCCCAUUCACAUAUAAGAAAUAAAAUACUUAGUUUCCUUCCCGCCUACCCUGUGAAUGGUUUCACUAUCAUGUCAGCGAAGGAAGAGAGCCCUGUAGCUCGGAAUGAUGUGCUUCACCUUCGAGGAAUUCUUGAAUCCUUCUUUAAUUUUACUGAAGCUGAAGAUUUUCACCAAUAUGAAAAUACAAUCUCUGAGCUUGUCAAGCUCCUGGAUUCCGUAUUAGAUGCUGCUCUAUCUUAUCCAGACAAUGAACAGGAAGAGAGCAAUGCAUUUGAAGUUGUCUCUGAGAUCUAUCGACAUAUCUGUUCUCCUUCACUUGAUCAGGCACUUGUAGAUGCGCUGUCAUUUGAAUUGCCAAAGGCUGUUUCAAAGUUUGCAGCUGUAUCACUGAGAUUAUCGGACAUGGCUAUUAGCAUAAUUAAUCAGCUUAUAGUGGUGUGUGGUCCAAGAGACAUGCUUCCAAUUCUUUGCAAUGCAUUAGGCUACUCGAGUAAGAUGGUCCGAGCGUCUGCUUAUGUUGUUCCUCCUUUUAGUGGGCUCUCGAAAGUUUUCACAUCUAUUCAGAGGCGUCAGUUUGAACAAAUAAAAGAAGCCAUUCCUAUCAUUCUUAAUGUUUUGAAGAAUAUGUCUUUACAGACAGAUGAUGCAGAACUUGAGGGUGUAUUUGGCAAAGCUGUAGAGAUUGCCAAUUCUAUACGUGCAAUUUGCGCUAAGAUGGAGAGUGGUACGAAUGAGAAGCUUCGUGCUCUUCUAGGUCUGUAUGCCUUGCAAUGCAUGGCUCUUCUUUCAGCCAGUUCAAGCUAUAAAUCUUCUACUUGUCACUCAUUGGUUAUACAACUAUCACACAUUAUUUCAUUUUGUGGAUUAUCCUAUCCGUAUCUCCUGACCAGUUAUAAUGUCGACAUAGUGGCUAGCUUCGUAUUUGGAGAGGAUAAAGGUGACUAUACGGGUUGUUUAUCACAUGUCAAACAUGGUGCUGCUCUUUCAGUAAUUUGGGGGUAUGUCUCAAAAGAAGUUUCUGAAGCUACUAAAGAGGAUUUAGAUGUCAUCAAGAAUGAACUUUGCAGUGCUCAGACCAAAAGGUGGGAGGCAUUAGGAACAUUAAAGCAUGCACUUUCCUUUGUAAAUCUGCCAUGGGAGUUGAAGAGACAUACCAUCAACUUCUUGCUUUGUGUCAUUGAUGGACAUGUACCUGACAAGCAUGAUGACGAACUUUAUGAGUGGUCAACUUAUAUGCCUAAUGUUUUCUCAGCCCUGCAGGCUAUCGUAAUGGUUAUCAUGUGUGCCCCAGACACAGAUUAUAGGAAGAAAGCCUUUGAUUUGUUAAAAAGGGUACUUGAUGAUAUUCACAUUUCUCAAAGGUUUGACAUUUUGCAAGCGUUGAUUAGAGUCACUAACUCUUCCUCCAUGAUUGCCAUUCUCAUUGACCUAGUCAGGAAGGAAAUGCACAUGGAAGUCUGCCAUACCACACCAACAGAAAAAACUGAAGGCAAAGCACGUCCAAAUACAUCAUUUUGGACUCCUAGUGUCCUUGAGUUGGUGGAGUUGGUUCUGAGACCACCACAGGGAGGACCUCCUUCCCUCCCUGAGCAGGGUGAUGCGGUUUUGUCAGCCCUCAACCUAUACAGAUUUGUAUUGAUGACUGAAUCUACAGGGAACACAAACCACACUGGAGUUGUGUCCAGGAGCAGUCUGCAGAAAGCCUACAGCCAGUGGCUGCUUCCCUUACGCACCUUAGUGGCAGGCAUAAUGUCGGAGAAUACAAACGACUAUGAUCAGCUUGCAGUUGACACUGUAUGCACCCUGAAUCCACUUGAGUUGGUUUUGUACCGCUGUAUUGAGCUUGUGGAAGAAAAGCUAAAGCAAUCCUCAUAGAGUUGUAAUAUUUGAUGUCCAUUUUGAAAGAUUUGCUGAACUUGUAAUUUUCCUGGCAGAUGCACUACAGCCAUGACAUUUAUUUGAAUUCUGCUUCGUUGUU